AAAUCAAGAUGUAGUUUUAUAGAAAAUCAUAUUCUUUCUUAGAAGAAAACAGAUUUUUUUGUCUCAUUCACUUGGAAAGAAUCCUUCACUCACUUUCCCUUUAAGAAGCAAGUCUCCUCCACUUGUACGAUACCAACAUCAUCAGCAUCACAAAAAGUAUCAUUAUCAUCUUCAUCGAAUUAGAUGGCACCGGUGAAGAGGAGGGUGUUCAAGACAAAUAAUGAAAUGGCAGUGGAGCUGGCCAAAUACACGGCUGAUCUUUCCUCCAAAUUUUGCAAAGAAAGAGGAGUUUUCACCGUUGUUCUCUCCGGCGGCGACCUCAUAGCCUGGCUCUGGAAAUUGUUAGAAGCUCCUUAUAUUGAUUCAAUUGAGUGGUCUAAGUGGCACAUCUUUUGGGUCGACGAGAGGGUUUGUGCUUGGGAUCAUGCGGAUAGCAACUAUAAACUCGCUUACGAUGGUUUUCUCUCCAAGGUUCCAGUUCCAGCUGAAAACAUCUACGCUAUCGAUAACGGACUCGGGGCAGAAGGCAACGCCGAGCUAGCAGCUGAAAGGUACGAGGAGUGCCUCAAACAAAAAGUGAACCAAAACAUAAUCCGAACGUACAAAUCUUCUGGUUUUCCACAGUUCGAUCUUCAGCUUCUAGGUAUGGGACCGGACGGUCACAUGGCGUCUCUAUUCCCUGGACAUGCUCAGAUCAAUGAGAAGGUGAAAUGGGUCACAUCUAUAACCGAUUCACCUAAGCCACCGUCAAAAAGGAUCACAUUGACUUUACCGGUUAUCAAUUGUGCUUCCUAUAAUGUUAUGGCCGUAUGUGAUAAAGAGCAGGCUGAUUCGGUUGCGGCUGCUCUUAAUCAUACCAAAGACUUACCAGCUGGUAGACUAACCGCGGAUGUUGAAGUGGUUUGGUUCCUUGACCAAGCUGCUGCGUCUAAACUCCCUCAUGGCUGGUGCUCCAUCCUUUGAUUUAAACGUUUAUGUUUUUGUCUCACUAAGUCGUAUGGUUUGGUGUUUUGUAAACCGUGUAUUGCUUAAUUACUUGUUAUGUUGUGUAGCAACACCAUAUUGUGAUAUUGAUCUUGGUGACUUUGGUUUACAAGUUUUCUCUUAUGUUUUUUUUUUCUUAAAAAGUAAUUGGUUAUUUGGUG